AAGCUCCCUCCCGGGCCAACCCAACUCUCUCGAGCUCCUAGCUCCGCUGCCAAUUGCCCACCUCGCAACUCCUCUCGGCUCGGGGUUCUCCUUCCUCACCCGUCAGUUAUAAAAAAAAAAUGUCGGCCUCCCUGCUCCGCGUCGCAGCUCGCGGCCCCUCCAGCGCUGUAUUUCGCGCCAGUCUUGCCGCAGCCCGGCCGCAGCCCAUGACUGCUCGCGCUGCCCUCGCCGCCCCAAGCCUGAGCAAUACCUUCAGCACAUCCAGCCGCAUGCGCUCCGAGCACCAGGAAGAGACCUUUGAGGAGUUUUCCGCCCGGUACGAGAAGGAGUUCGAUAAUGUUCAAGACGUCUUCGAGCUUCAGCGCAACCUGAACAACGCCUUCGCCUACGACCUUGUCCCAUCCCCCAGUGUUCUGUCGGCCGCUCUAAGAGCCGCGCGGAGGGUCAACGACUUCCCCACUGCUGUCCGGAUCUUCGAGGGCAUCAAAGCCAAGGUCGAGAAUAACGGCCAGUACCAGCAGUACCUGGAGGAGUUGAAGCCGCUGCGUGAGGAGCUCGGCAUCCCGCUCAAGGAGGACAUGUACCCGGAGGAGACCAAGUAAAGAAUACCAUAACAGUCUUUGGGCUCGCCAAAGAAGCCCGUACACCUUACAUAAAAAAAGAGAGAGACAGAGAGAGACCUUUCUUUACCCCUGGGCUCCUCUUCUGUCUCCCGCUUAAUUGGGGAAGGGGUUGUACAGGGCAGCGGCACAAAAUCAAUCUGUGUACAUGUUCUUCUACUAGAGAUUUCCUACAUACGGAUUCGAUAUCAAGGGCUUCAAGUGCAACUAAGAAGGGGGGGUUGAAUUUGCUUAGAGACCUUGAGAGGGGUUAGUUAGGGUAGAAAAGGGGUCUUGAAUGGAUGUAAGAAGUUGAGUUGUAAGACUACCUACCCUAACCUGCCUUUGAUGCAUUAUGCGGGUUCUCAAUUGCUGCU